AAGCCGUUGACAGCCGCUUGUAUUCAUUUCGCUUGCGUUGCCAUGGGAGCCGCAAAUGAAACACACUGAACUACAUUUUUAGUAAACUCGCGCUUCAGUGGCAUUUACUGCGGCGGCAGGGUGCAUACUUCGGCGCGUUUUCCUGGUGUGCUGCAUGUCAGAGAGUAUUCGGCAUCGCGCGGCAUUAAUAAUGCCGCAGCGUUGCAUUCAGCGAGAGCGUCGUUAAGACCGAUGGGUUCUGUUGACGCGACACCAUGAGUUCGAAUGGCCGAACUGCACGUUUUUGGCCAGAUUGUGGGCGCGUCUGACUUUCCGUGCUCAAGCCUGUUUUGCAAGUGGAGCUUGAAAUUCGGGGAGAACUGGACCCUCUUGGAGGGAUUCAAAGAAGGUCAAACGCAAGUGGACAGACACCGGUACGAAGACAGCAGGGUCGUUUGGUGCCAUCCUCUCGACGUUCACUUCAGCACCAGAGGCAUCCAGGACUGGCCGAAGCUGCUGGUCCAAGUGUGGCACCAGGACGGCUUCGGGCGCAACGAACUCGUCGGCUACGGCUCGUGCCACCUUCCCAGCACGCCAGGUUUCUCCAAGGUAGACUGUCCAACCUGGCGCCCAGUCGGCACCUUGCUGGAAGAAGUGUCGAGACACUUCCUAGGUGGUGGACUUCAUCUCAGGGACCCAGAGGAAGUCUGCGGUAGCGUGGGCGACCGAUUCAGGUUGCGCACCGAAGCAAUGGGCACUGUUCACUUGGAACUGUAUGCCAUUCACAGAGAUUUUCAUAAGUACGGCAUCGAGGUUUAAUGCCUCCCGAUUAGG